GUUAAAUCAAAUUGAAGGUGACGCCAUGAGAAAGAAGAGUUGAGUUGAAUCAGAUUGAGCGUGUGCGUCACUUAGUUUACUGGAAUUUCCGCAUCAGAUUAUUCGGAAGUAGAUGGCGACAAGUGGAUCAGAUAGGCCUAAAGUAAGGAAAGUGUUGGGAUGGAUUUUAGCCGGCACUUCAUAAAUAAAGUGCUAAGGAAGAAGAAGCCACUCAUGGCAUCAGUGAUAUUGCAAGGGCUCGAGAUACAUUUUUACCUGCCAGACACACAUCAGAUCACUCACCUCAGUGGCACUUUCACAGCAGAGGAACUAUGUGUUGAAGCUGCCAAGAAAUUGGGUAUAUCUCCUCUGUGUAGCAGUUUGUUCGCCCUCUAUGAUGAAUUUAGCAAGAUCUGGUAUCCGCCCAAUUACUCCUUUAAUAUCAAUGAGACGACGAGACUGAAGCUGUAUUAUCGCAUGAGGUUCUAUUUCACAAACUGGCAUGUGAACAGUAAGACGUCUCCUCCAGUGUGGAGACAUACUCUCAAAAAGACAGAUCCUUCAGGCAUGGCUAUACUGGAUAUAGAGUCACUAGCGUACCUCUACGCACAGAGUCAGCAUGACUUUCAGAGCGGUCUGGCACCGCUGUGCAAUGCUCACGAUGAGAGUGGCAUGCAGCAGAAAGAGAAUGAGUGUUUGGGAAUGGCUGUGAUGGCCAUCUUCCAUCAUGCGGUUGAAAAACAUCUUUCCAUCUGUGAUCUAGGCAAUACAUAUGAAUACAAAAAUUACAUUCCAAGUGUCCUGUACCAGUCCAUACGCCAGAGGAACAUUCUCACACGUCUACGUAUCUCCAAUGUCUUCAAAGUGUUCCUUGAGGAGUUUAACAGGAACACGGUGCAGGGCAGUAACAUCAGUACACAUGACCUGAAGGUCAAAUAUGUAUCUAGUCUAGAGACUCUGACUCAGCACUUUGGCCAGGAGGUGUUUGAGCCCUCCUCCCUCAUCAUACAUGAGAAUGAGGAAAUCCUUACAGACUCAAGCCGUGGUGCUGGUGUUCACCUUGAGAUCCUUGUGUCUGGAACCUCUGGUAUUCACUGGCGAAAAGUCUCCACCAAGACCUGUUCAGAUCUGUGGAACAAACAGAAGAGGCGCAAUUCAAAGAAAAGUAAAAAAGACAGUAAGAAACUGAGUCAAACAUCAGAAGAGGAGCAAUGGACAAUCUUUUCAGACUUUCAUGAGAUAACACACAUUGUCAUCAAAUCUUCUUUGGUCACAGUCUACAAACAGGACAACAAAAAGAUGGAACUGCACUUAUCUACCCAUGAGGAGGCUCUGUCCUUUGCCAGUCUUGUAGAUGGAUACUUCAGGCUCACCGUAGAUGCACAUCAUUUCCUGUGCCGAGACGUGGCUCCUGUCUCAGUAGAAAUUAAUCUACGGGAGGGCUGUCAUGGUCCAAUCAACACUGAAUAUGCCAUCCAGAAGCUCAAACAGGAAGGCUAUGAAGAGGGCAUGUACCUGCUGCGUUGGAGCAGUCACAAUUUUGAUCAUAUUCUAAUGACAGUCAUCUGCAAAGAGUGUGAUAAUUAUGGCACAACCACCAAAACCUUCAAGACCUUUCAGAUUGAAGUGAGCACUCAGGGCUUCAAACUGACUGGGACAGAUAUUGUGAAGCCCACUGUGAGAGAGCUGACGGACCACCUAUCUGGACAGCGUCUCACAACAGAUAAAACCAGCCUAAGACUUGAGUGUAGAUGCCCACCCCAACCCAGAGAGCCCUCCAACCUUCUCAUGGUGACCAAACCACAUUCACCACCCUCUCCCAAGAGUCAUCAUGCCUUCCAUAUAAUCCUCAAAGAGGACAUCAUCCAGGAGAAACACCUUGGUCCAGGCACUCGCACGGACAUCUAUGCUGGCAGACUGAAGUUGAGGAAUGAGGAUGAUGGGGGUUUUUCAAGCCCUGAUGAGGUGAAUGUGGUCCUGAAGGUGCUGGGAGCAGGACACAAGGACAUUUCUGCCUUCCUGGACACAGUGAGCAUGAUGCAUCAGAUAUCACAUAAACACAUGGUUCUGAUGUAUGGAAUGUGUAUGCACACUAUGGACAUUAUGGUGGAGGAGUUUGUACAGCAUGGGCCUCUGGAUCUGUACAUGAGGAACCAUCGCUCUGAUCUCACGCCAACCUGGAAGUUCCAAGUUGCAGAGCAGCUUGCCAGUGUCCUCAGUUAUUUGGAGGAUAAGAAGCUCGUCCAUGGCUAUGUGUGUGCUAAGAAUGUCCUGUUGAAGCGUGAUGGUUUGGAAGGAGUGGCCGGUCCUUUCAUUAAACUGAGUGAUCCUGGAGUGUCCAUCACUGUGCUCCGUAGAGCAGAGUGUAUUGACAGGAUCCCUUGGAUCGCUCCAGAGUGUGUAAAAAACAUCACAGCGCUAAGCAUUGCUGCAGACAAGUGGGGCUUUGGAACCACACUGUGGGAGAUCUGCUACAAUGGAGAGGUGCCGCUGCGUGACAAGAAACUCUCAGAGAAAGAGCGAUUCUACGAGGUGUGCGGUACACUCAUCACUCCCAGCAUCAGUGAACUGGCAGAUCUGAUUUCGCAGUGCAUGAACUAUGACCCCAGAAAGAGACCAUUCUUCAGAGCCAUAGUCAGAGAGCUGGACCACAUCAAAGAGCAGCGAGAGCAGGAACUUCCCAUUUUAUCAGCAGUAAUUCCUCCACAGGAGACCGAUCCUGCAGAUUUCAAGAGGAGAUUCCUCAAGAAAAUCCGGAAACUCGGAGAGGGUAACUUUGGGAUGGUGGAGCUGUGUCUGUACGACCCUAAUGGAGAUCAGACGGGUGAGCUGGUGGCCGUCAAAUCUUUGAAAACAGAGAAUGAGAGCAGCAACCUGAGAAGAGAGAUCAACACCAUCAGAAACCUCUACCAUGAAAACAUUGUCAAAUACAAAGGCAUCUGCAACGAAGAGGGAGGAAUAAGCAUCAAGCUCAUUAUGGAGUAUUUGCCUUCUGGCAGUCUGAAGGAAUACCUGCCCCGCAACAAAUCUAACAUCAACCACAAGAAACUGCUGCUUUUUGCUCUUCAAAUAUGUCAGGGUAUGGAGUAUCUGGGAUCUCAGAACUACAUCCACAGGGAUCUGGCAGCGAGGAAUGUGUUAGUGGAGAAUGAAAGUCUGGUGAAGAUCGGAGACUUUGGCCUGACUAAGAGCAUCAAAGACAAUGAGGAAUAUUACAGAGUGACAGAAGAACAGGACAGUCCUGUUUACUGGUAUGCCCCAGAGUGUCUGAUUCAACGAAAAUUCUAUAAGGCAUCUGAUGUGUGGUCAUUUGGGGUCACCCUCUAUGAGCUAGUGACCUACUGUGACCGCGAGAGAAGCCCUCCUCAGAUAUUCCUGCAGAGGAUUGGUCGAUCUCACGGGCAGAUGACAAUGACCAAAUUAGUUAAGGCUCUUGAGGAGGGUUGGAGGAUGCCAUGCCCACCAUCCUGCCCUGAAAUGGUGUACACUCAGAUGCUCAAUUGUUGGAAACACGCCCCAGAGAAUAGAGUUGACUUCAACAGCCUGAUAAAAGAGUUUGAGUUCCUUCUUUCUAGAGAAAACAUCUAACCACUUUCCACCAGAUCACCAACUACAGUCAUGCUCAAAACUGAUUUUUGUUGGGUAAGGUACUUACAAUUGAUGAUACAGAUUAAGCAAUUAGGUGUGAGGGGCUGUGCUAAAUUGUAAAUAUAUUGUCAAGUCUGAAAGCCGUUGUUAGACACAACAUGUAGUGGAGUGCCUAUGUUUUAAGCCAUUACUAUAUUUAAGAUAAAGCAUGGUCUUGAGUGCCUUGUUGCGUUUGUCAACCAGUUACUACAUUAGUAGUAAAAAAAUACUUGUUUCAUUAAAAUGGUUUUAUUAGGAAAAUUAAUCAAAUGCCAUUCUUGUGCUAGAAAAUAUAAUUCCUGAAGUGCAAUCUAAUGUCAACAGUUGGCCUUUACGGUUGCUGUACAGUGAUAUACACAGUAGCUACUGUACAGCAAAUGAACAGGUUUUUCUGUAUUACUAGAAACAGCUGUUACUAUAUUGUGUGUUUUGGCCAUAUUGACUAAUCAGCAUCAAGUAAUGGAAUUAUCCAUUUUAUAAUGCAUGUCAUUGCCAAUUAUUUAUCUACCUCUUCUUGAGCAGAAAAAAUAGUCUCUGUUCAUACUGUUUAUUCUUUCUAGGUUCAUACCACUCAAAAUCAAGUACUAGAAAACUGAAUCGAUAGAAAAAAAUAUCACACAUUAAAGUUUAUGAAUUAUGAAAGAUAAACAUUAAAAGCCAGAAUAUCACAGGAAGCAUUCAGUAUUUGGGUAUGUUUUGAUAAAACAUCCAAUUAAAGUUUGAUGGAUAUGCUUCUCUUACCAGAUGUGCUUUUUGUGUUUCUAAUGAAUGUAAUGUUUUUUUGCAUUUAAAUGUUAACUAUUCCUUGUUGAUUCAUGUAAGAAUCUAAAUUCUUUAGAAAUAUAUAUUUUUAUACAGUAUUUUGCUCAAUAAAGCUUCUGUUGGAAAUUG